UAGCCUACGUCUCCAAACUCCGCCCCAGACGGCUGGAGAGUUGCUGGCGAUAUUAAGUGACUUGUUGUUUUCAUACACUUUCGUAUGCUACGAAAUACUUGUGCACGACCCUGUCUGUCUUUUCUAUCAUCACAAGGACUUGGCAUUGGGACAUUUUGACUUUGCAUGAAGAUCAGUCAGACCAAAAGUCAGCAUGCUCUCAUUCACACUGGCCAGAACAAUGAGUUAUGGCCUUGGCAGGUGUCUCAAUCUGGCACCCAACUCAUGGUCCUCCCAGGCCUUAACUCGGAUAUGUAAAUGGAACUGUAGUUACAGCACAACCACUUCCAACCAGAGGGCCCCUUCUUAUAGCUAUGUCAUCGUAGGGGCCGGCUCCGCAGGCUGUGUGCUGGCCAACCGGCUGACGGAGAACGCGUCCGAGUCAGUCCUGCUCUUAGAAGCCGGGCCCAAGGACAUGCACCUCAACAGCGUGCGGCCCCCUCUGCCAGCGGUUGUAGUCUUCGGCGUGGCCGCGGAUGUACAAACCAUGGCGUUGAGCGAGGGAUAAGCCACCUCCACACUCGGCCGGGGCCAGUAGGACGUGCUCUACUGGCCCCGGGGCCGCGUGUGGGGUGGCUCAUCCUCGCUCAACGCCAUGGUGUACAUCCGCGGCCACGCCGAAGACUACAACCGCUGGCAGAGGGAGGGCGCAGAGGGCUGGGACUACGACCACUGCCUGCCCUACUUCCGCAAGGCUCAGGCCCAUGAACUGGGCGCUGACCGCUAUAGGGGAGGCGACGGGCCGCUGCACGUGUCCCGGGGCAGAACCAAUCACCCCCUACACCAGGCGUUCAUCGAUGCUGGCCAGCAGGCCGGGUAUCCGUUCACGGACGACAUGAACGGCUACCAGCAGGAGGGCCUGGGCUGGAUGGAUAUGACCAUAUACAAAGGGAAAAGGUGGAGCACAGCCAGUGCAUACCUGCGGCCCGUGCUGUCCCGACCCAACCUGAAGGCAGAGGUGCGCUGCCUGAGUACCCGCAUCCUUUUCGACGGGACCAGGGCAAUCGGCGUGGAGUACCAGCAGAAUGGAGAAACUAAAAGGGUGUAUGCAGAAAAAGAGGUGAUACUGAGCGGUGGAGCUAUAAACUCGCCACAGCUCCUCAUGCUGUCCGGCGUGGGCAACGCAGAUGACCUCCAGGAGCUCGGCAUCCCUGUGGUCCAGCACCUGCCAGGAGUGGGCCAGAAUCUGCAGGAUCACUUGGAGUUGUAUGUUCAGCAGCAGUGUACCCAGCCCAUCACACUCUAUAAAGCCCAGAAGCCCUUCCACAUGCUCCAGAUUGGCAUAGAGUGGAUGUUGCAGCAGACAGGCUACGGGGCCACGGCGCACCUGGAGAGUGGGGGAUUCAUCCGCAGCCGACCCGGCGUCACCCACCCAGACAUCCAAUUCCACUUCCUGCCCUCGCAGGUGGUGGACCACGGCCGAGCUGCCUCCAAGAUUGAGGCUUACCAGGUCCAUGUUGGACCGAUGAGGAGCACCAGUAUUGGAUGGAUGAAACUGAAGAGCAGGAAUCCACUGGAUCACCCAAUCCUUCAGCCCAACUACCUCACCACAGAUAUUGACAUAUGGGAGUUCAGGCAGAGUGUGAAGCUGUCGCGGGAGAUCUUUGCUCAGAAGGCCUUUGAUCCGUUCCGAGGCCCCGAGGUCCAGCCGGGCCCGGGGGUCACCACGGACGACGAGAUUGACGCCUUCGUGCGGCAGAAGGCGGACAGCGCGUACCACCCGUCCUGUACCUGCAAGAUGGGCGCCGUCACAGACCGCAUGGCUGUGGUGGACCCCCAGACGCGCGUCUACGGUCUGGACGCGCUCCGUGUGGUCGACGCCUCCAUCAUGCCCAGCGUGGUCAGUGGCAACCUGAACGCGCCCACUAUCAUGAUGGCUGAGAAAGCUGCCGAUAUCAUCAAGGGCCUGCCGUCACUAAGUGACCCCGGGGUGCCCGUCUACCAGCCGCCCAGUUUAGAGACACAGCGGUGAGGGGGCUCGUCCUGCCCACUACAGGUGCCUCACACCCUCAGCAUUAUGUUAUACACUAAGUGGUACUUGGCUUACCUGCUGUUAUAUGUCACAGGCUAAACAGCUAAAAACAUCAGGAUCAUACUAUUUCACUGUCAAAAUGAAUAGAAACUUAAGAAACUUAAUUAUUUGUGAUGCCUUAAAGUGCAAUUUAAUUGUCAUAAUGAAUGCUUCUGAAAUGAUCAUUCCGUUGAGCCAUCCUGGAGAUUGAAUAAUUAUUUUUGAAAUUAGAAUGAUAUAUAUUUUUGCGAAGUUAGAUGUUGUGUAGCAUGUAAGUAGUAGCAGUGUUACAUAUGGUGACAUGCUGGUGUCAUUUUUAAACAGAGUAGCAUAGGCAGCUUAAUCUUCUGAAAUUCAAAGGGUAACCAAAGGGGUCAGAUUAAUCUCCUUCAAUUCAAAGGCUAACCAAAGGAUAAAGAUUUUCAUACAAUAGACAAAACUAGCGUGGCAAGACCAGGACCACCAGAGUCCCUACAACAUUUUAUUGCCACACUUAUUUUAACAGUAAUACAAAUUUUCAGUGCUUUUUGUAAUAUAUCACAUUUUAAACUGCAAAUCAUGUCCCCAAAGCAGGGCCUUCUCAUAGUGUAUUUUAUCCAAACCAAGUAAGACUGUUUUAUAAUGCAGAGACAUGUUCACAUUUCAUAUUAAAGGUGCUCUAAGCGAUGCCACGCGUUUUUUAGGCUAAAACAUUUUAUGUCACUUACUGCAAACAGCACCUAACCAAUCGCUAGCUGUCUGUGUCCUGAAUACA